AUGGACGAGAAGCACGCCGUCGCUUCUUCCCCCAACUUGGCGGGCGCGCAUAGCCCUACAAACUUGCAGGAAGGUGUCUUGAAAAUGGUUCGUUUUUUUUUUAACAAUUCCGGGCUCAAAAUAAUUUUGCUUCCAGUUUGAAGAUCAUGAAGCUCUUCCGGCCCUUCUAUGGCUCAACCAGUGCUACGAAGCAAUGCCGUCCAGCUCGAAAAUGGUUGUGUUCGACAUGGGCCUUCUUAUGCACAAAGCUUUCAAUGGUCUUCUCGUUCAAGGUUUUUUUUGCUUUGACUUAAAUGACGGGUUGUUCUAUUGAAUAUUUUGGAUGUACAUAGUUAAAUUCGUCUUUUUUUGACUGCUUCAGAUAAACGUAAUAUCCUCAAUCUAAUAAAAUAUGUCUGGAUUAAUAAAAUUUAUGAGAAAAAAAUGAGAAGUUUUGACUAUUAUUUCAUCAAAUUCCAUAAGAACUGAUUCAUUUCUUCAACUUUAGGCACUCGUCACGUUCUUCUCUCUGAUCCUGACAAAAACGGCGCCUUGGAUGGAAUUCUGAGUGUGACGGAUUUUAUCAGGAUGAUGCUCAAAUUAUAUCGGUAUGAUUUCUUAUUAAAAAAAACACAAUUCAAAAAUUUUCAGCGAGAAAAAAAGCCAAUGAGCAGAAAAAAAUAUUGAACUCGAUGUCACGGAGAUUGCAAAUGAGGAAAUCGGCAACAUGACUGUUAAAAGAAUACAGAAGUGAGAUUUGAAUCAGUUAUAAAAAAAUAUAUUCCUUUUUAGAUAUAUUGAAACGCGAGGGAAAACUUCAAGAGCUUGUUACUGUAUCCGCCAAUGCCAGGUUUCAUUUAUUUAAAUUUCGAUGGGAAUAAAAUUUGUCUCAGUUUGCUGGAGGCUUCAACUCUGCUGGCUCAGCACCGAAUACAUCGUUUGCCUGUGAUCGAUCCGGAUGAUGGAAGCGCUCUUUAUAUUCUCACGCAUAAGCGUAUCUUGAAGUUCUUAUGGAUUUAUGUGAGAAUUCGUAACGGAUGUAAGCUUUUAUCAAUAAAAUUCCAGGGACAGCAGUUGGCACCUUUGGAUUAUAUGAAGCAGACGCCAAAGCAGCUUAAAGUCGGGACUUGGUCGGGGAUUCGUGUGGUGAAUAUCACUUUUCAAGAAUUUUUGAAGAAAAUCAGAUUAAAAAAACGAAGUUGAAAAAAAGGAAGGUAAUGAAUAAUCUCGCAUUUUUUCAAUUUUUCCUAAUGUCUACCAAAGUUUUUGCCAAUCGCACUUGCUCAAAAACACAUAAACGAAUUUUUUACUAUAAGAAAAAACUGAAUAUGAAUUUUUCAGGUCUUCCCGGACACUCCUCUUGUCGAUUGCUUGGAAAUUUUGCUCAACAAAGAAGUUUCCGGCGUUCCCGUUGUUACUCGUGACAAAUACAAGUAAGUUAAUAUUUCAUUUAACGCUGGGAUAAACUAAAAACUCCUGAAGGUUCGCAAAGUUUCAAGUACAGUGCCGUAGAAAAAAUAAAAAUGCACGCUUCUUGACCACAAUUUUUUUGUAUAGAGUUCAAUCUUCCUGAAACCUCCUGGAGAGAUAGUGGUGGAUACUAUUUGUAACCCUCUGGAGUAAUUUCAGUUCGCAGAAAAAAAAGCAGCUUUUUAGGGUUUCAAAAAGAUUGAAAUUCUCACAAAGAAGAUGUGGCCAAAAAGGAUAUUCGUAUCUUUUCUGACGGUACUGUAACUCUUUAACUUGAAAUUCACAAAAAUUCCUUGACAAUUUCUUUUUUAGUAGCUUCCCGUUUCAAGCAAGCAAAAAAUCAAGUAAAAAAAUUCAAACGUAUACAAGGUAAUUUUUUCAGAGUCGUCGAUAUUUACUCGCGUUUCGAUGCCGUUGGAAUCGCACUCGAAAGUAGGCUGGAUGUAACGGUCGCUGAAGCUCUCUCUUUCAAGAAUUCUUUCAAGGUGUCAAUGAAGCUUUUUUACGUUUGAAGAAUGUGUUGGAUUACAGAAAUCUACGGAAGAACGAGUCGUUUCUGUUAGGGACACGGAUACUUUUUGGAAAUGCGUACACGUUUUGGUGGAGAACAGCGUUCAUCGACUGUGUGCUUUGAAUGAGGAAGGCGGGAUUGAGGUAGAUGAAUUUUUAUCGUGUACAGAUUGAAACUUUAGAACGAAUGGAAAGGUUUCGAUCGCUUUUUGUCUGGCCAUUGAAAAGUUGCAUUUUUUUGGAAGCUUCCAAUAUAUUUUAAGAACAAGAGAUAAAAAGUUGAAUUUGAUGUGAAAUGAGCUCAAAAAAACAAACAAUAUAAGAAAAAGAAUGUAAAAAUUAGAGUAAUUAUGGAAAAACGGGUUUUUUUCACAAGUUUGCAUGAGAAAAUUAAAAAAAAUAUGAUUUCAGGGAAUCAUUUCAUUAUCGGACGUUAUCAACUUCAUGGUUGUCAAGCCAGGAGCUGCUCUUGGCAGCAAGAAAGCUCCGAAAAGAUUGUGGGCCAAGCAACAUACCGGCGACCUAAGUGAUAAGGUUAGAAGCCUAAUAAUCUCGAAAAAUGAACAUUUUUCACAGGAACUUCGGGAUAUUUUGCUCUCCAACGCUGCCAACUUCGAACUGGAACGGGAGAGGUCCACUGCUUCUCAGCCGGACGUUGUCCAGUACGGCAAAAAUGCGAAGAAGUAA